UCAAUUACUGUCACGAAUCUCUAACUUGUCGAUCUCCUCUUUCCCAUAUGAAUGGAAGUUAAUUCCAAAUUCUUUAGAGGAAUCGACAGGAGCCGACAGGAACUAUUGUACAUAACGGUAUAUACAGUACUAUCCGUGGACAAGCAAGCAGGACCACAAAAAAUCUUUCCCACCAAGGACCAAGAGCUCCGAUUGAUCCACAUACUGAAUCAAACCAUGGCUUCAACGUUUGAUUUUUCUACUUUGCCAUUGUCAGAUAUCGAUCCUACCCACAAAAUUCCCCUUCAUCGAUGAAAUUAUGACGACUUUUCAAUUAGGAAUCGCCGUCCACAUAAUGCUAUAUGAGGCCACAAUAUUCAAGGUAAGUGGGAAACCUCUUGUAAGUGUAUUUCAUUCAUUCGCAGAGAUUUAUGCUGGACCUUGUUGCCUUUUGAUAUCGUUUGUGUAAGUGAGUGAAGAAAGGCAACAUCAAUCAAAAUCGACGUUCUCAUGGCAGAUCAUCACGAUGAGGGGCGAGAGACUGGUCAAAACACUCCAGCGCCGUCGGUCAGAGACGGCAGCGUUAAUACACAAAGAACUACGAGAACCACGAGAUCUGCGAGAAACGUUCGUCCAAAUGGACAAGCCCACGGCUCUAAAAGAUCACAUAUGCCAAGUUUACGACCCCAUGGAGUACGCCAGCCAACAAAUAAUACACCUCUCGAAGAUCGACCGCAAUACUCCUUAGCUGGUAAUAAUGGAGGGGUUCAACGCGAACCUCAUUAUGUCGACAGAGAGUAUUACGAUUUCAACCCAAAUUACCAAAAACCUAAAGAUGAGCCAGUAUGGGGAUUGGCCAAACCUCUCCCGCGAGUGGUAAGGCCGGGAAUGAGACGAGGGAAACAGGGCGUGGUCGAGAAUAAGGAUGCAGAAAAUGCACAGCCAGGAAGUUCUGAGGCUAUACCGCAACUUGGAAUGAUUGACGAUCAGAGGAAAGGGCAGGCAAAAAAGAAAUCGAAUCGACUUGGUAGGAAUGAGGAGGACCGAGGUUAUGGUCACCAACAACAAGAGCGAGGACGGAGACAGAGCUACAGAUCUAAUAGGCAGGAUUCUGAGAACUUGAUAUUGGAUCACAAUGGCACUCCGCUAGCCGAGAGAGAUAACCCUAUGGAUGAGUGGAGAUCUCCUCAGGAUGAUGGGGAAGGAGAUCUGGGCCGGCAAAACACGAAUCGACUAUCUGAUGUUGAGGAACAUCCCUCAGGAUCAACGUUAACUCAUCAUUCUACGACACAAAGUGCAGACUUUGCAAACGACGAGAACGAUGAUGGGCUUGAUUUGGAGAGGGGAGAUAAGGUAGAAGACGAUGAAUGGUCUUUAAGUAGUGAAGAAGCGGAGCAGUAUAUUCAAGAGGAAAGAGACAACCACAAUGCUUUGGCAGCAAUUCGUGAAAGAUUUCGUGAGCCAUUAGCCGAGUGCUUAGCAACAAUGAUAGCAGUCCUCAUUGGUAUAGCCACUAAUCUUGCUGUUCAAACCUCAGCAGACACUUCAGGCAAUUAUCAAUCCACAAAUUGGGCUUGGGGUUUAGGUAUCACAAUAGGUAUUUACGUCGCAGGUGGAAUUUCCGGUGCGCAUCUUAAUCCCGCCAUAUCCCUCAUGUUAUGUAUAUCGAGAGGCUUCCCUAUACGAAAAGCAUCUAUUUAUAUCCUCGCGCAAAUCCUCGGUGGUUUUCUCGCCGGACUCAUCGCAUACGGCAUCUACAAAGAUGCAAUUGCCACAUAUAAUGCUACUGGUGGUUCACUCGGCAAUGGCCAAGUAGUCAACCUACUAGCCGGAGGCACAGGCACAUCUUUCUACACACAGCCCCAAGCCUUCGCUAGCCCCUCGGCGAGUUUCUUUAACGAAUUCGUCGCCACUGCCAUCCUCGCCUGCACCGUCCUCGCCCUCGGAGACGACUCCAACGCACCCCCAGGAGCAGGUAUGCACGCGCUCAUUGUCGGCCUCGUCGUCACCGUGCUCACUAUGGCUUUCGGCUACACCACUGGUGCAUGUCUUAACCCGGCCCGAGAUUUCGGCCCGCGUCUCGCUACCGCAGCAGUAGGAUACGGCAGAGAAGUCUUUACCGUCUCGAAUGCGUGGUGGAUUUAUGGGGCUUGGGGUGCGACGAUCACGGGUGCGUUAAUUGGAGGUCUGUUUUAUGAUGUGGCUAUUUUUGUAGGAGGCGAAAGUCCGGUUAAUUAUCCGAGAAAAAGGAGGAAGCAAAUUGCGAAGAAUGCAAAGGGAAAGGCGGAAAAGGGAUGGUGGAUUUUCAAAAGAGAUGUAGAAAUGGGUCUGAAAGGGGAUUUUGGGAAAGAGGGAUGAUUUUUUUUUUUCGAUUUUCGUUUGGGGGUAAUUUUAUCUUAUGAAGAUUAGGCGUUGAUGAAAAGUAAAGGUGUUGGGGGAUUGUAUUUCAUAUCUAUAUAUAGCGUUGAGGUUUUCUUAUUCUUUGAUUCUGAAAUGAUAAACAAGUAUCAUCGAUUUUAUAAUAUUCAUCAUAUUCCAUACACCAUAUAC